UAACCUAUUAAUUAAUUCUUUUAGUUUGGAAUAAUUUCAUGAACGCUAACUCCAAUCCAGGAACUCCAAAACCAUGAACUCCUGAUCUUGAAGAAGCCAAGAGUGUCCUUGAGAGUGAUAUCGGUAACUCUACUGUUAUUCCUACUCCUCAGCCCGCUUCGCAGCAGCAAUCAAAGAGUAAAAAUAGCCCUUCAAAGUUUGCCCCAGAUUUUAAGGAUGAAGUCCUUCAAGAGAAAUAACAAAACUUCAACCUUUACUAAAGUUACACAGAAGAUACGGGAGAAGGAAAUUAUUUUUAAAUGAAUCAAAACCUUCUUAAAGAAAAAUGAUCUUGAAGAAGUUUUUGAGAAAGCUCAAGAAGAAAAGCCACAGCAAAACAAGAAGACCAAGCUCUAGAGAAAAGUAAUUUGGCUCAAGAAGGUCUAGGAGAAUCAAAAGAAGCACUUGGGUACGAAAUGAUCUACAAUUCCAUGCUGUUUGAAGGACUGAAGAAGAACGACUUUGUCAUGAAAUUCGGUGAAUUAGGCACAAAGUUCUAUAUAGUUUUAAAGGGGAAAGUGUCAGUUAGGGUCCCAUCAAUCAUCGAAAAGGAUUUCACAUUCAAAGAGUUGCUCACUUUGUUAGCCAAAAAUUAUGAAUGGGUCAUUGAAAAUGAGAAGUAUCAAGAGGUCCUUGAGCUAGUCCAAGGGAUGAUCCCAGAACUUGUCUCUGAAGACUAUAAAUAGAAAUCUUAAGUUGAACAUAGAUAGUCUGAAAAAGAUAAUGAAAGGCAAGAUUAUCUCAGAAAUUCAACAUAAUUACUCCGAUGGGAUCCCGAAAUUUGAAGAUUUUGCUGAUGUAAUAAGGGAGAGAACCUUCGUAAAGAAAGGCAAGAACAAUAAUACUAGAUAUAUUACGUGAAAUUUUAUCCUCGAAGUUGUCCAACUAGAUGUUGGAGCAAGCUUUGGAGAACUAGCACUUCUUGAAGAUAAGCCAAGAGCUGCGACUAUCCUAUGCACAGAGAAUACAAGAUUCGCUAUCCUUGAAAAAGAGCAUUUCAAUAAAGUUAUGGGGAAGAUGUAUAGAAAAUAAAUUCGCAAAGGAUAUAGAAUUUCUGUCAAAUUUUGCCUUCCUGCAUGGCCUAACCAGAAUCACCAAACAGAAACUCUGAUACCCAAUGACAUCACGAGAGCUCGUUCGGGGUCAGAUCCUUAUCUCUGAGGGAGACCAAGUAGAGGACAUUAUCCUAUUAGAAGAGGGUGAAUAUGAAAUGACCAAAAAUAUUUAUGUCAAGGAUACCAAAAUUGUCUGUGAUUUUCUGAGAAUACAAUGCGACAAAGAUCAGGCAUUUAUUGAAUCCCUUCUAGAUCCAGAUUCUAAGCCUUAUACAUUUGCUGUUGAUCCAGUCAAUAAGGAAAUGUUUUAUAAAAGAAUGAAGAUAUUUAAGAAACUCAAAAUAAAAAUCUCAAAUAACCAGAGAUAUGAGUCUAUAGGACUCAUAGAAAGCGUGUUUGAUUCAGCUACCCUCCCAGGUUGCUACUUCACAACAGUGAAGUGAAUCUCAAAAAGUGGCAAAGCUCGAGUGAUUGGCAAAGAAGAGCUAUUCAGAGUUGUCAGCCGGACCAAACCGGAAGUUCUCCAUGCUGUGCGCCAGAAAUUGUCUUUUAUAGCUCAGAGGAUGAAAUUUCUCCUGAAAUGUAAUGAGAUCGAACUCAGACCAAGUUAUUUCAAAUAGCGGAGGCUUAUCAUUGAGCUUCAAUAAUCCUUUCAGCAUGGCUAUCAGCAGCUCUAUCAAUAAAAUAGACUCUGAUGAAGAGGGGGUUGGAGGAGACAAAUUUAAUAUUAAAAAUUACAAAGAAGUAAUGCAUGGAAAAGAGGCACCUCUGGCUUUAGCGAAAAGAAGGGUCUCCCAAGUGAAAUUCGUUAAAACUUUUGAGACACAAGAAGUGGAACAAUUCCUCAAGCAUAGAAGACAAAAAUAGGAUGAGCGUUAUAGCUGAUGCAUCAAUGAUAAGAGGCCUGAAGAUUCCUUCAAAGAAUCUGAUCACACAACUUAAUACAAAGAGAAAUGCUCUAAAGAAUUCUUCAAUUAUUGAUUUUGAUUUCUUGAAAGCAGCUAAUGAAGCUCUUCAGAAAGGAAUCACUCCUAUUUCAGACACUCAAGAGGAGGAUUCAUGAACCGAAAGUGUGGAGGAUGAUUCAUCAAAUGAUACCGAAGAAGAGAUCUCAAAAUACGAACAAUCAAGCCAUGAUCAUUCUUUGUCUGUUGAAAAAUCGCCUUCUAGAAAGGAGCACGGAAUGAACAGUCCAAAAGUAGUAAAGAACACGAAGAAUAUCCAAACAAGUAAUUUCUCAAAAGAUGUGAGCUCUCUCAGCUCUCCUAGAGAUAUAAAUCUGCCAGAAGUCUCAUCGCCUAGUUUUAAAAUCGAACCACAAAAUGUGAGUCCUUCUGCAGAGCAGAAGGACUCUAGAAGUGGAGAAAUUUUGAGAAAGAGCGAAAAGCCGAGCAAAAUCAUCUCUACAAAGAAAGAAGAUUUUCUUUCAGCCUUGCCAUUAGUACUACAGUCAAAGAUGCAGCUAGAAACCUCAAGAAAUAAGAAGGCUGAUAAACUUAUCAAGAAAUUUUUUAGUUAUGAAGACCCUGGGAAUAAUCUGCCCCAAAUUCCUUUAAGAACUUCCAAAAUUGGUACUCAAAACGACAGGUUUAAAAGUUAUAAUAAGAACAGGUGGGGUAGGAUGCCUCUUGAAAAGCCCCAACUGAAGAAUGUUUAUAUGAUAAAAUAAGCCAUUGAACCCACUUAGACAGAGUAUGAAGAAUUCUCUCCAGAAUAUCGAUGGCAUGAUCACUAAAGGAAUGAGCAAGUCAAAGAAUGCUUUGAAAUCUUUCAGAAGUCCUAAUAAAAGCCAAAAGAAGAAGUUAAAACUGAUAAAGUCAGUUGAAACACUAGGCCAAAACCCCUUUCAAGAAGAUGAUUAUGAGACUUCUGGGCUAAAAAGUCCAGACUUUGAACUGAGGAUGGAACUUCCAGCUCUAGCCAAGUACAAAAGCGGCCUUCUGGUCAAAAAGAAGAACACUCUUAAAGAGAUUAUCUGAACUAAAAUCAGGAACCAGUACAGGCAGGAGGACCCUCAAGAAAGUAAGCAAGGGGCUAAACAGCCGAAGGAAUGCAGGAAGCACCUGAAGGAGAGAAGCAGUGUAAAGAAGCAACCUGGGCUCAGAGAGUGCCCAUAAGUGGCAAGAGCCAGAGAAAUAGGAUGGAUGGAACAAAGAGAAAAAUGAGGCUUUUUUUGAGUAGGAGGAUCAUUUUCA